GACCUAAAAAAAAAAAAAAGAAAAAAGAAAAAGAAGAUUUGAAAAAAAUGUUGUUAGGUAGAACAAGCAGCAGCAUUGGCAUCAACAGCAGCGACCGAAAGGACACAGAAUAUAACGCCUUUCUCGCACCCUUCACAUACCCAGCAUCUAACGAUACCUACCUAACCGACUCUUCUUCUAGAACCUUCCAGAACAACAGCAACCACGACGACGAUCUUCUUGAGUUCGGGUUUACCAGGCCCGAUUUCCCGCCGGGUCAACUCGCUGGCACCGUCGAGUUCUACCGUCGCCACGUGUUCCUCUGCUACAAGAGUCCCGCUGCGUGGCCGCCGCGGAUUGAGGCCUGGGAAUUUGACCGAUUGCCGCGGUUGCUCCACGCCGCCGUCGUCUCCGGUAAAGGUCGCAUGAAGAAGGAGACCCUCUUAACAAUUUGCGAGGGACAUGAUGGGACCGAAACAUCCAAUGGUGAUAUGCUAAUUUUUCCAGACAUGGUCAGAUACAGGCGAUUAACACAUUUUGAUGUGGAAACAUUCGUCGAAGAAGUUCUUGUCAACGAUGGAGAAUGGCGUCCUGGCAACCCCGAAGCCUUGUUGGCUUCAUAUGUGUUCGUGUGUUCACAUGGAUCCCGGGACCGGAGAUGCGGAGCUUGUGGACCUGUCUUAGUUAGUAGGUUCAGGGAAGAGAUAGAGUUACUUGGUCUUCAAGGUAAAGUGUUUGUUAGCCCAUGCUCUCACAUUGGGAGGCACAAGUGUGGAGGAAAUGUCAUUAUAUUCGGGUCAAGCAUCAAUGGAGAAGCCACUGGCCAUUGGUAUGGAUAUGUUACUCCGAAAGAUGUACCUUUGUUGAUUCAACAACAUAUAAUUAAAGGAGAAAUUUUGGACUCGUUAUGGAGGGGCCAAAUUGGUUUGACAGAAGAAGAACAAAAAAAGAGCCAAGAACAAAGGAUUCGUCAGAACAGUGUAACAAAUUUUAAAGAAAACACAGAAGAGUUCAUGGAUACAAACAAUCAUACAACAGGCACUGUUGCGUUUCAAUUCCAAGAGAGCAUUGCAACCUGUUGCCAAGAUAAUGGAUAUUCCUCUUGCCAUCAGGACGAUCAUAUGUCGUUAGAAAAGACGAAGAUCGCUGGAGCCAUUGAGACGGAGGCAAAGCUCUUAACUGAUGAUGAUGAGUUCAGAGAGAAUGUACCGUCUCGGGUAAGUAAUGGCAAAGCAGCAUCACGCAAAUUUUGUUCCAUUCCAACAUGGCUUGACUACUGGGAGCAAGAAGAUACUUAUGCUGCUCUUUCUGUCGUAUGCGCUGCCGUGUCGGUUGUUAUUGCCUAUCGCUGCUACAAGAACAGCUGAGCUUAGUGGAAUCAAUAAUUUGUUGGCCACUGUAUUUAGCUUAGGCUCACAUGUUAAAUCACAUUUCAUAUCUGUUAAUUAGCUUCCUUUUAUCUGAAGCUAGUACAGUCAGCAGAGGAGGUUAUGUGGAUACUAUGUUGUAUAUGAUUCUUGAAUUUACAAUAGUCUGAAGUAGGUAGAAUUUUCAUUUUUUAUAAUGC